AUGACGGCCCCACCUUCAGCAGAUCCCUCGUCGGUGUCGCUCGCUUCCCGCGUGGCGUCCGCGGCGGCAGCGCCGCCGUACCACUCGGCAGGGGCGGUGAAAACAAAUUACGUGCUGGAGCACGCCGCCCCGUCGGCCGUCUGUCUCGUGCGCAAGAUCCAGACCUCCCCGUACCAGCCCCUUCCUUCGGAGCAGGUGCAGUCCGUGACGCUGCCGAACCUGCUCUCGCUGCGUCCCCCGCCGCACGUGGCGCACCAGGCGUUGAUGGACUUCUACUUUGCGAUGAAUGGUCACUGUGACAUCAACUGCGCCGAUCCCUCGUCGCUGGACCUUCUCACGGUUGCCGCCCACACACGAAAUGCGGGUGGCGGGGGCAACCACACAAACAGCCAUGCGAUGGACGCACCUCGACCCCGCGCGGGAGCCGCCGCCCCGCCGUACUACCAGGCGGCGGUCCCCGCGCCCGCAGCCCCGCUGGUCUCAUCGGUGCUAACUACUGAUGGAAAGCAUAACGGCGCGUCGUUUACACCAAACGAAACGGCGCCACCUGUGAUAGAUAGUGGCGUCUACUCUUACACCCACCAGCCACAGCAGCAUCAACAGCAGCAGAGCCACUCAGCGCCGUCCGUCUUGGGUACAUCUGUACUUCCCCCCACCUUCCCGCCGUCGUCAUCGGAGGACUAUCGGCUUUCGCAGAUACGGCGUAAUGAACGUCACGUAAACAAUGCGUUGUAUGGCAGGGUGUGUGCCUUUUUUAAUACGCGGGAGGGGUGCAGGCGUGGACCAUACUGCAACUUCCUUCACAUUGGCAAAGGGGGAGGAAGCGGUACGGGAACUGGCAGUGGCGCCGGUGGCACGAGCUCUGUCGGUGGGGCAGCACCCCCGCCAUUUCAUUGA